CGCCGUGUUUGGAUUCCUCUAUUUUUUCUCAUUUUGUAUCAAUAAAUGCGAGCACACCGUUGGUUUGUUUUUCUGUUUCACCAAACACUGAUUCUGUUGUGAUUUUAUAUAUGCAGUUUCUUUCCUCUCCCUCUCUAAUGGAUGGUCUGAGAGUUCUUAAGUUCUGGCGCAACGCCGCGGCGGCGGAGGAGGAGGCGAGAUCUGAUGUCGGCGGCUCGGGGAGAGGUGCGGCGGUAGUAAUCUCGGAAGAUGAAGAAACAGACGGCGAAGACGAGUUGUUUGAUUUGGUUCUCAAUUCGCCUAAUCAGAAUGCUGUUUGGUUAGGAGGAGAUGGAGAGUCGAAGAAGGAUGUACAGUUCGUUGAAUCUCGUGGAGAUGAUGCUAUGAGAAAAUUUGAUUUCUCGGAUAGUUCUAAGGCUACGUCGACGGUUACUAUUCUGCGAUCUGCUCAGAAAUUCAAAGUUAAGUUCGUGUUCGGAUUCGGAAAAUCGUCCAAAUGCGAGAAAGUUGCGUCAAACGUCGACUGGAAGGUGAAACCUCUGAAUCAGUUGUCGAAAUCGUCGAGCUAUGGUUCAUCUCCAAAAUGCAGAACGCUGGAAUCGUCUGCUCCUGUUUUUGCGAGAGAUAACAGCUUAAGGUGCGAAACUGUGAAACAAACCUCCGAUUCUGAAACUACUACUCGCGUAUCGUCGGAGAAAUCUGUUCCGAAGUAUAUGAAACUGAUUAAGCCAUUCUAUAUCAAGGUUUCUAAGAAGGUGAAGUUAACGGAUUCCGUGACGCCUUCGCCUUCUCCGGCGACCGCGGCAGCGAAUCUUCCGGUGAGGAAGCUCAACGAGGGAAGCAGGUUAGGAAGCUUCACGAUAGUUCCAAGGAAUUUACGGAAAAGCCGCUCGGCGUCUGCCGCGGUCGGAGUAGAUCUGCCGCCGUCAGUCCGGCGGAGAGACGAUUCCCUGCAGCAACAACACGACGGAGUCCAAAGCGCCAUUCAUCAUUGCAAAAAAUCCUACAAUUCUUCAUCUCAAGAAUUCACGCAACCAUUCCAGCAAUCAAGCGAUCCUCGUUACGAAAAAUCUGAAAGCCGGAGGGUAAAUAAGAAAUCCAAUCCGAAAGACCAAAACUGAUGCUGCAGCAUUUGAAUCACAAGUCAUCAGGGAAGAAGACGAAGCAGAGAGAGGCGGGAAUAACCAGGCUAUGACGUCAUAUUUCCAGAACUUUCUAUGCUUAAAUUAAUUAAUAAAAAUGCAUUUCUUAAUGUCGCAAAUGUCGUGUUACGAAAAUCAGCGAGUAGUAACAAAAUAGUGUGAAAGUAUUUUAUAGCGUAGCAAUGCACGCUCUAUAAUUCCAUUAUUAGGCAGUUCAAAUUUUUAUUUUAUUUUAUUUUUAUAAUAUUCCUAUCAUAAUUUAUAAAAAAAUUAUCAUAAAAGGGGUUAAAUCAAAGACGGCGGAUCAAUUACGGCAAGGCGACCGAGAGUUGCCAGUCUACGACAGUCUUACUUAAAGUCAACAGGCAGAGUAAAUUGUUGUCGGAAUUGUAGCAUAGUUGAAUUAUUUGAGGUUGAUUCAAUUCGUUAUUUUCAAAUGGGCUGAAAACGACACAAAUGGUCGG